AUGAGGCUGACAUAUUGCGGCCAACGGCUCGAAGACAGACAUCCACUGUCGUUCUAUGGCAUACGAAAAGACUCCACCCUUGAUUUGAUCCUCCCUCAAAAGGGCGCACAGCCUGUCAUUUACCUCUCACCCCCAUAUCUAAACCCCAUACCAGUCGUCGACGUCUCCGUCCUCCUCGUCCCCCAAUGGCGCUUUUCCCAAAGUUAUCCCCUCGCCGACACCAAGCUGAUCGCCGACUCCGGGAAAGAACGCGUCGCCUGGUCCGUCUCCGCCCGCCACGACGGCACCCUCGUCGAGCUCUCCUCCGGCCUCGAGCUCCCCUACCUCUUCUGGGCGGCCGAGCCGCGCCACGGCGUCCCCUCCUCCCCGCCCCCUCACCCGCGGCGCGCCUUCGUCGAGCACUUCGACCCCGCCGCCCCCACGCUCGACCGGACCAACGCGGUCUGCCUCCCCUUCGCCGAGCUCCUCCCGUACCUCGACCGCGCGCUCACGCGCCUCGCGCUGCACGCCGCCGCACGCAGCGACUUCGUCACCCACCUGCUCCCGCGGCUCUCGAAGGCGCCGCGGCGUACGGAGCUGCGCGUCGAGCCCGCGCCGGACGUCGUCACGCGCGUGUUCAUGCUCUUCCGCGGCGUCCCGGAGGCGGAGGCGGAGGCGGUCGAGUGGACGGACGCGCGCAGGGGCGCGAUGGACGGGGGCAUAGACUGGGCGGAGGUGGUCGAUGUGCUGCAUGAGGCGACUGGCGGGGGCGCGUUCAGGGUGCUGGAGUGGGGUGCGAUGGAGGUCCUGUGA